AGGGCUGAGGGCGUGAAGGGGAAGACGACGAAGGAGGCGCGCGCGCAACAGCCUCUCCCCUCCACGCCUUCGCCGGCGGCGCUUUCCUGGGACGGCCGGGGGAAGUCGCUGCCGCUCGCUCAAGUCCGCUGAGGGGACGAGGACCCUCCGCUUCCUCAGGGGCGGCAGCAGCAGCAGGUGCGGUGCCCGAAGCCCCUUCCAGAGGAGAGCCGCUGCGUCUUCAUCUCCUUCGAGCGGCGUCCUGCCCGCGCCCUCCCUCCGCUCCCGGCUCCUUUACGAGGCUGCCCGGGCGCCUCGGGUGACUGGCUCCUCCCCGCUCCCUUGGCCGGGCGGAGGCGGGCGGCGUGCGCUUGUUUGGUCUCUCGAAAAAAGACUUUCCAGUCCGCGCGCCGCCGUUGUUUUUCUCCCCGGCCGCCGAGCUCAUGUUUCCCUCUUGGGCGACGGCAGUGGCGGCCGGUCUGGUCUCCUUGCACUUCCUCCAGAAGCUCUUCUUCCCUUACUUCUGGGCCGACCUGAAGUACUUGCUGAAAGUGGCGCGCUAUGGCUUGAGGGUCGAGGUCUACAGGCUGCGCGGCAGCGUUUCCACCGCGCUGGAGCGCUUCGGGGCGCUGGCCCGCCGGCAGCCCGACAAGCCCUUCCUCAUCUACGAGGAGCAGGUGCACACCUACCGGCAGGUGGACCGGAGGAGCAACCGGGUGGCGCGGCUUUUCCUCGAGGAAGGGGCGCUGGCCAGGGGCGACACCGUGGCUCUGCUCAUGAGCAACGAGCCCGACUUCAUCCACGCCUGGUUUGGGCUGGCCAAGCUGGGCUGCGUGGUGGCUUUCCUCAACUGCAACGUCCGCGCCAGGUCCCUCCUGCACUGCAUCGCCAGCUGCGCGCCCAAGAUGCUGGUGGUGGGAGCAGAUAUGCUUGGAACCUUAGAGGAAAUUCUUCCUAGCCUCCAAGAAGAUAUCAGGAUUUGGGUGAUGGCGAAAGAAUCCACAUUGCCACAUGUUGAUACCGUUUUGGACAAGCUGGAAGUUGCCUCUGAUGAUCCUGUACCAGCUAAUCUCUGUGUUGCUAAAAACUUGAAGGAUCCUCACCUCUACAUUUUUACCUCUGGAACAACAGGUUUACCAAAGGCUGCAAUUAUUAGUCAUCUGCAAGUUCUAAAAGGAGCUGCUGGAUUAUGGGCAUUUGGUGCUACUCCUGAUGACAUAAUUUAUAUUACUCUCCCUCUUUACCACAGUGCAGCCGCUCUACUUGGCAUAGGUGGAUGCAUUGAACUGGGUGCGACAUGUGUUUUAAGAAAGAAGUUUUCAGCUAGCCAGUUCUGGACUGAUUGCAAAAAGUAUAAUAUUACAGUUAUUCAAUACAUUGGGGAACUGUGCCGUUACCUUUGCAAGCAGCCUGUGGACACUAAAGAAACUGGGUGGAAGAAAAUCUUGUUGAGCAGAGCUCAGCUUGUUGAAGAAGCUCUUGACAGGUCUCCAGAGACUAUAGACAAAAUGAGGAUAUCAAUUCAGACCUCGGCUGACAUUGAAUGA